GUCCAGCCGGGCGGCAUGGCCAGCAUCACCCAGCUGUUCGAUGACCUGUGCGAGGCGCUCCUGCCGCCCGCCAAGGCGCGCCCGGGGCAGCGCGCGCCGAGCCGGCCCAGGGCCAAGCGGGGCCUCAAGCGCGUGGCCUACGACGCGCUGUUCGCGCACCUGUUCCGGGACGAGGCGCCGCCGCCGGAGCCGCCGAAGCUCCCGGUGAGAAACAAGAUCCUCAUGCUGUCCUUCGACUUGAGGGUGGGCGGCCUGGGCCCCGAGGCCGACCGCCUGGAGGAGCUGGUGGACGGGCUGGAGGCGGCCGCGAGCGGCCCGCUGCGGGAGGUGCGCGCCGCGCUGGACCUGCUGGUGCUGCUGGCCGGCAGCGGCCCGCCGCGGGGCCUGGCGCGGAGACGGGGCUACUUCCUGGGCGGCCCGCACGUGCCGAGGCGCGUCCCCUACGGCGGCUACGGCUGCUGCGACCUGCGCGCGGCCGAGGCGGACGUGUGGGCCCUGCUGGCCCGGGAGGAGAGCUUGUGCCACAGCAUGGUCCAGGAGACGCUGCAGGUGAUGGACGCCGCCCCGGGCACCGGCCUGCCCACCGUCGGGCUCUUCUCGGGGGACGCCUGUGGUGACAGAUUCGAGAGAGAGACCCGGGUGUCUCUCUUCGGCGCGCUGGUGCACAGCCACGCCUACGACAUGGACGUCCGCCUGGACCUGCCCCCAGUGCCGGACAGCGCCGACCUCUCCGGACUGGCCAUCAAGGUCCCUCCAAGCGUGGAUCAGUGGGAGGAUGAAGGGUUCCAGUCAGCGUCCAAUCUGACCCCUGAUUCCCAGUCGGAACCAAGCGUGACGCCGGAUGUGGACCUGUGGGAAGCUGCGCUCGCCUACGAGAGCGGCAAGCGGAGGUGCUGGGAGCGAGUUGGAUGCCCUCCAGGCCACAGAGAGGAGCCCUACCUCACCGAGGCGGGCAGGGAUGCCUUUGACAAGUUCUGCAGGCUCCGCCAAGGGGACCUGCAGGUGCUGAGCGGGGGCCUCCUGCAGGCCCCGGUGCCCCUGCAGGUGGAGGAAUGUGAGCUGGUGAAAGACGUGCUCAACAUCCUGAUUGGCGUCGUGUCCACCUCGUUCUCCCUCUGCCAGCUCACACAGGCCUUCGUGGUGAAGCGCGGCGUCCACGUGUCGGGAGCGUCCCCUGAGAGUGUCGGCAGCUUGCUCUCGGAGGUGGCCGAGUAUGGCACCUGCUACAUGCGCCUGAGCCGAUUCUCGCUGCAGCCUGUCUCGGACUCCGCAUACAGCAAGGGCCUCGUGUUCCAGGCCUUCACCAGUGGCCUCAGGAGGUACCUGCAGUAUUACCGGGCCUGUGCCCUCUCCACCCCGCCCACCCUGAGCCUCCUCACCAUUGGCUUUCUUUUCAAGAAACUGGGCCGGCAGCUCAGGUACCUGGCUGAGCUCUGUGGCGUGGGCACCGCGCUCCCAGGGACCAGCGGAGGACCCAAGGCUGCGUUCCCUACUGGCGUGAAGCUGCUGUCCUACCUCUACCAGGAGGCCCUGGACAACUGCAGCAACGAGCACUACCCGGUGCUGCUGUCCCUGCUGAAGACGAGCUGCGAGCCCUACACACGGUUCAUCCAUGACUGGGUGUACAGCGGGGUCUUCAGAGACUUCUACGGGGAGUUCAUGAUCCAGGUGAACCACGAGUACCUCGGCUUCAGAGACAAAUUUUACUGGACCCAUGGCUACGUGCUCAUCUCCAAAGAGGUGGAGGACUGCGUGCCCGUGUUCCUGCGGCACAUCGCCCACGACGUGUACGUCUGCGGGAAGACCGUCAACCUGCUGAAGCUGUGCUGUCCACGGCACUACCUCUGCUGGUCCAACAUCCCGGUCCCUCGCAUCUCGGUCAUCUUCUCCCUGGAGGAGCUGAAGGAAAUCGAGAGGGACUGUGCUGUCUAUGUGGGCCGGAUGGAGAGGGUGGCCCGCCACAGCUCCAUCAGCAAGGAGGAGAAGGAAUUACGCAUGGAAAUUGCAAAGCAAGAACUAAUUGUCCACGCCCGGGAAGCAGCGUCACGGGUCCUGAGCGAGCUGAGUGAUCGGCGGAAGUCGGAGCUGAUGGCCAUGGACGCCCAGAAGCGAGAGCAGUUCCAGCAGCUGAAAGAACAGUUUGUGAAGGAUCAGGAGCGGCGUCUCGCGGCCAGACAGGAGGAGCUGGACGAUGAUUUCAGCUUCGCCCGUGAGUUCCGCGACCGGGAGAAGCGGCUGAAGGCCCUGGAGGAGGAGCGGGAGAGGAAGGCCAGGCAGGCGCUGGAGGACCGUUACAGCACGCUGUCUGCAGAGGCGGCACGGCGGGAGCAGAAGGCGCUCUGGAGGAUCCAGAGGCACCGGCUGGAGAGUGCACGGCUCCAUUUCCUUCUGGAAGACGAGAAGCGCAUCCAGGGGAUGCUGAGAGACAUGUCUGAGAGCUGCAAGUCCCAGGGGCCGCUGGGCGUUGUCCCAUGUGUGCCCUCCCAGGUCGUGUCUCCAGGCUGUGAACACCCAGACGGAGUCCAUGGCUGUGACCCGGGGCCUGCAGCCAGGGGUUCCCCAGGCAGGCCACGUGUGCCGACACUGCCCCCUGUUGAGGCCCCAGCAGUGGGAGCCAGGCAGGAGGAAGAGGCUGUGUGUGUAGGGGAGGCGUCACCCACAGGCCUUAGUCUGGGAGACUUCCUACCCUCGGGCUCAGGGCAAGAGCCGCCUGCACAGACUCAGCUGGCCCCUCUCUUGGAGGAGGCCCUGCGAACUAUCAGUUCUGCCGUGCCCCCCACAGCCUCUGGGGAGACCCCUGCUGCAGCCAGCACACAGCCCUCCCCACCACAGGAGCCGGACCUUAGCACUGCCCUGAGGCCACCUGUAGCCACCUCACCUUCGCAGGGGCCCCUCCCAGCUGUGGCAGGUGGCUCAGGGGAGGAGCCCUGGCCAUGGGAGGGACCUUCAGGGAGGCUGGGUGCCCAUGUGCCUGACACGCAGGUGGCCAUGCCCCUCCCACACCCACUUGGGCAUGUUAGUCCCCCAGAGGAAAGCAGCCGUGACCCCACAGGCAGCUUUGCUUCCGGAAUGGCUCCCACCCGGCCACGGUGGAGCACCCACGGGCACGUGUCGGACGCCAGCAUCAGGGUCGGGGAGAACGUGUCGGACGUGGCUCCCGCCCGGCCACGGUGGAGCACCCACGGGCACGUGUCGGAUGCCAGCAUCAGGGUCGGGGAGAACGUGUCGGACGUGGCUCCCGCCCGGCCACGGUGGAGCACCCACGGGCACGUGUCGGACGCCAGCAUCAGGGUUGGGGAGAAUGUGUCGGAUGUGGCUCCCUCCCGGCCACGGUGGAGCACCCACGGGCACGUGUCGGACGCCAGCAUCAAGGUCGGGGAGAACGUGUCGGACGUGGCUCCCUCCCGGCCACGGUGGAGCACCCACGGGCACGUGUCGGACGCCAGCAUCAGGGUCGGGGAGAACGUGUCGGACGUGGCUCCCGCCUGGCCACAGCGGCAUGUCCACAGAUGUGCCCCUCAGUCCUACCUGAUGCUGACGGCGUGCUCCCCAGAAGCCGAGGCCACUGCUCCUAGUCCCAGCCCCACGGUGUCCCAGUCAGGCCUCAGCCUGGGACCACAGAGCCCUGCCCUGGAGCAGGAGAGCAGCUUCCAGACAUGGCCCUGGGCCCUGGCUGGGCUGGAUUCCCUUACAGACGGCGUCCCCAAGGAGCCAGGCCCAAGGAGUGGGGACACAGAGGACAUCUCUCCAAGUUGUCUUCCGAGCUCACAGGGAAGCUCAGCUGCCCAGAGCAGCCCGGGCUCUGGUGAGGUGGAGGCCCAGGCAGAGGAGGCCCAGCGCUGGGACAGGGAGCAGGCCUACCUGGCAGGCCUGGCCAGCCAGUACCACCUGGAGCAGUACCCAGACAGCUAUGAGGCCAUGUCAGAGCCUCCGGCCGCCCACCUCAUACAUCACCUGCUCCCCCGGGCCUUCGCCCUCCCCGUAGACCCCCAGGUACAGUCGGCCACCGACGAAACCGCCGUGCAGCUGAGCGAGCUGCUGACGCUGCCCGUGCUCAUGAAGCGCUCUCUCUCAGCCCCGCUGGCUGCCCACAUCUCCCUGGUGAACAAGGCCGCCGUGGACUACUUCUUCGUGGAGCUGCACCUGGACGCGCACUUUGAGGCGCUGCGGCACUUCCUGCUGAUGGAGGAUGGGGAGUUCGCCCAGUCCCUCAGCGACUUGCUGUUUGAGAAGCUCGGGGCCGGGCAGACGCCCGGGGAGCUCCUCAGCCCCCUGUUCCUCAACACGGUGCUGAGCAAGGCCCUGCAGUGCAGCCUGCACGGGGACUCCCCGCUCGCCGCCAACCUCUCCUUCGCCCUCAAGCACCUGCCCGAGGCGUUCGCCCCCAACGCCCCCGACGUGCUGAGCUGCCUGGAGCUCAGAUACAAGGUGGACUGGCCCCUCAACAUCGUCAUCACCGAGAGCUGCCUGAGCAAGUACGGCGCCAUCUUCUCCUUCCUGCUGCAGCUCAAGCUCAUGAUGUGGACGCUCAAGGACAUCUGCUUCCACCUCAAGCGCACAGCCCUGCUGAGCCACACGGCCUGCUCCGUGCAGUUCCGCCAGCUGCAGCUGUUCAAGCACGAGAUGCAGCACUUCGUCAAAGUCACCCAGGGCUACAUCGCCAACCAGAUCCUGCACGUCACCUGGUGUGAGUUCAGGGCCCGGCUGGCCGAGGUGGGCAACCUGGAGGAGAUCCAGCGAGCUCACGCCGAGUACCUGCACAAGGCCGUCUUCAGGGGCCUGCUGACCGAGAAGGCCGCCCCGGUCAUGAACAUCAUCCAUAGCGUCUUCAGCUUGGUGCGCAAGUUCCGCAGCCAGCUCAUCUCCCAGGCCUGGGCCCCGGCGGCCGGCCCCCGCGGCUCCGAGCACCCCAACUUCGCCCUCAUGCAGCAGUCCUACCACGCCUUCAAGUACUACUCCCACUUCCUGUUCAAAGUGGUGACCAAGCUGGUGAACCGCGGCUACCAGCCCCACCUGGAGGACUUCCUGCUCCGCAUCAACUUCAACAGCUACUACCAGGACGCCUGAGGUCUGCCCCAAUAAAGCCGCGCUCGG